CACAAUUCGGAUGUUGCUGGACUGUUCUGACGGAUAUUUUGGUGGACACGUCAAUUAUCUCCCGCGUUGAAUGCAUGGGCAUAUGUGCUAGUAGUUAAAAUAUCUCUAAAUUUACUGAACACUUGUAUUUUUUUUAUUUUUUACAAAGAAAGUCAUUGAUGCGCUAAGAAACGCACUACAAUAUGUUGGAGAAUAUCAGCUCACCAUGGGUUCUCAGUUGUCACCGUGACCUUUGAGAUUCCGCGCGGCCUUACAAGGGAAAGCAGAGGAUACGAUUCGCUUGUUGCCCGACAGACAAUGUUGGGCGGCAAAAUCUAGUGGCAAGCCCACGGAUGCUGCGUCCGGCCAUUCCAUUCCCUCCAAGAAAUCAGCCUAGGGAGAGUGGAAGUUGUUGCAUCGAGGUGGUCCAAGAUGGCGGACACCAGCGGUGCCCCGAGCGACGGCGCGCCGAUCACCAUGAAGCUCCUGGUGGACUCGAGGCCGCCGCGGCCGCGCGUGGUGUUCGCCGAGGCCGGCAAGGACGCCGUCGACUUCCUCUUCUCUCUCCUCACCCUGCCGGCCGGCACGGCGGUGAGGCUGCUGGGGAAGGAGUCCAUGUCCAUGGCGGGCAGCGUCGGUAACCUCUACGCCAGCGUGGAGCGGCUCGAGGGCAGCUACCUCCGGCCCGGCUUCGCCAAGGACGCCCUCCUCUGCCCCGCCGUGCGGGCGAGCCCCCUCCUCCGCCUGCCGCCGCCGCCGGCCCCGGCCCCGAGGACCUUCUUCACCUGCGGCCCCAGCAACAACCCCUUCAACUACGCAGCCUGCCGCGGGUACGUGUCCGACGCCAGGGGCGCCCGGUGCCCGUCCUGCGGGAGCGAGAUGGCGACCGAGAACCAGUACGUGCCGCCGCCGCCGCCAGCGCCGGCCCGGCCGGAGCAGAGCGCCGCCACGGUGACGACGGGGUUCGUGCAGGGCGCCGUGACGUACACGGUGACGGACGACCUGGCCGUCGCGCCCAUGUCGGCCAUCUCCAGCAUCGCGCGGCUAGGCGCCCUCGCCGCCGUCGGGGGCCUCGCCGCGCUCCAGGAGAGGACCGUGCAGCUCGGGUACAAGGAGGGUCUGGAGAUCGUCAAGGCCUCGCUGCGGUCCAAGACUGUCCUCACGGACGUCUUCCUCUGCACCGGCGGCAAGAAGCCUCCUCCGUCGUCCAAGAACGGCAACGGCGGCACAAGAUACGAGUGUCUCGCCUGGCGUGUUUGAGCUUGAAGCCUUCCCUGACCUGCGUGCAGCUUCAUCUAUGGUACAAUUCUGCAGCGAAUAGAGCAGUGGAUGAUUGUAAAGACAAAAUGCAUAACUUCCCCACUUAUCAUAAGGGGAAUUUUUUUUUUGUGUGGAAUCAGGGGAUUUAUUUUCCCAAAAAUACAGUAUAUAAUGCUUGAUAUAUCUAUCAUAGCUUGCCACCGAACUAAUUAAGUUUUUGAACGGUGUAAAAGUUUUCAGAAAUCCCGAAAAAAAUACUGAAACAACACACCUAUAAUAUAGCAUGAUCCAACGGAGCGAUUGAAAAAAAAUAACUUAUGAAAUGAAAAUUUAUAACAUGGUGUGAAAUAGUUAAAAAAUAGAUGAUUAAUUAAAAUUUUGAAUAUUUCCGGAUGGUCUGGAAUAAUUAAAGUUGUUGUGAAAUGUCUGUGGUUUUUUUAUUAAAAUUCGCCAA